AUGAUGUCCGAAGAAUUCGCUACUUCAAAGGGAGUACGUCAAGGCGGAGGACUUAGUCCCCUAUUGUUUAUAGUAUUUAUGGAUGAUCUGAUAAGACAUUGCAGGCAAAGAACAAAACCAAUUUUUGUUCGAUACAGGAAGUUGCAAAAAGUGGAAUUAGCAGAGUGCGCAAUUGCAGAUGAUUUGGUGUUGGUAACUGGUAGUGUUGGGAGUCUACAGGAAAAUUUGAACAUUUGGAACACAGCACUGGAAGAUAAUGGUAUGAAACUAAAUAAACUUAAAACUAACGUUAUGGCUGUGUCAAAUGAAAAACUCAAUAUGGACGUAAGAAUAGAUAAUAAAAUUAUAACUCCUUUAAAUAUCUGGGAGCUAUAUUGGAACCUAACGGCAGAAAUGAAAUAG